CGCUUUGUGCAGUGUCAAACUCAGCUGAUAGCGGGAGUCGUAUCACAGCUGAUAAACAAACAUUCUGCGACCUGUGCUAGUUAUGUUUUGUGUGCAUUUAGAUAAUUGCUAGUUUCUUUCCAAAAACCAAUAGAAUUCCAAGCAUGACGAGUGGGAAACCUUCCAAACCGAACGUUAGUCAUCCGCACAGUGAAAACGGUCACCAGCUGUUCAACGAGACGGAGAAAAACGAACAGUACCGCCGGGGCGUCAAAAUGCUGCAGGAGCGGUGCAAGGCUAUCCAGAAGAACAACGAGCGGAUUGUGCAUCGAUUACACCUUGUCAAAAAGCUAACUAAGAAACGGAACCGGGAGGUGGACAUGCUCAAGAAUCGACUCGACAGAUACAACGAUGGCUGGAGAACAGCUCCCCAACCGGUGGCGGUCAAGCUGGAAGAAAGCAAGGCUUCGGAGUAAGUCUUUUGCGGGAAGGUAUAUUAAAUAUAAUCGUCUUAAGAAGCUAGGCAAUAAGUGAGUUAACAGAAAUAGACAUAUUCAGGAGUUGAUUGAUUUUUUUUUUGUAAUUUUAUUAAAUAUUAAUGCACUUCUUAU